UACCUGCAAGGGGGUAGGGUCAAUUGCUCAUUCCACACCAUGAUGUUUUUUAUAUAGAGACCUCUCACAGGGUUUUACAGCCACACACACUUGCCUGUUGUUUGCCUUCUUGGGAAGAUUAUGAGACAUGUUAGCUACUCAUUGGCUUUUUUUCCUGGGGUAAAUUUUUAUUCUGAACACCCACUGUAAGACUGGGUUUUAAAGACUUGUAAUUUGAAAGACUCUUCCUUGGAAUCAAGAACCCUUGAAGCAGAGGGGUUUGUCCCACUACCAUUCUCGAGCAAAGCAGUUGUUCUUAAGAAAGUGGUGAAUGGCAACUACUACCACCUGCAUGUCUCUUUUACACAGACUGCCACAUGCUACUCUUAAUGCAACCAACACGCUGCAACACUGCUCCAUUCCAUGUUCUUGGGAGCAUCGUCCUGUCGGAUGUAUGAAAAUGAACUGCACAUUUAUUCAUAGGAAACCUCGUAGUAUAAAUGGACUUUUUUUGCCACCCACUGCAAGUAACACGGUUAUAGCAGACAAUAAGGAAAGUGUAGUGUUGUGCACAGAUGAAGAAGAUUCACCAUUAAAGCAGGAAUACUCAUGGAUACCGAUCCACCCCCCUGUAAUUAUAAACUUGUCAGAAGAUGACUAUGAAGAUGAAGAAGAACAUACUCUAUUAAAGAAGCUAGAAUGCAGAGCGAAGACACCGGAGGAAGUAGAAGAAGAAAAACUUAUAAUUGAUAUCUGCUGUAAAGCAGGUGACUAUUACAAAACACCAAUUGUGCAGGAUUUCCAGUCUAAAAUAGAACCAGUCCCAAACCUAUUACAAGUCGGAGAUUCUGAAGAGUUUUAUUGUGGGGUACAGUCCAUGAAACAAACCAAAAUAGAAGACCUGUCCUUUGAUUAUAUCAAGAUGAACAAUGGUUACACACGUAAAGUUGAUGACCAUAGCCUACAGAAAACAAACUUUAAUAAACCAAAGCAAAACACUUGAAUUGAAAGACGUAAUUGUACAGACAAUCAAGAUGUUGAAGCAGGUAGCGCUGUGGGAAAAGAGAGAAUUAUCACCUUUUUAGGUCACAUGAUCCUUAAUCACUGGCUAUUUAAACAAAUGAAGACCAUUUUUAUAUGUAAAUUAUUUUUUUUUUUUUAUUGUAUUUCCCCCCCCCC